AUGCAGGGCUUUGCAUCGUAUGCAUCCCACUUACUCGCCUCGACUUCGGCCGGGCCGAGUCAAGGGCUGAGCGCAUACAUCGGCGGCGGCGCCCACCCGAGUGCCUCCUCAGCGACGCCCAUGUUCUACUCGACCCGCGACUCGUACAUCCCCUUUGACGAGUCGGACGACAUACUCGGCGCGUCCUCGUCGACCCAGGGCGAUGAUGCUCGAGGGAGGUACGACAACACUCGCACGGGCCUGUCCUUUGGCGGAAGCGUCGAUGGCGGCAGCACCAGCACCGACACACGUGACGACCACCACCAUGACCGAACACGGACGCCGGCGGUGGCCUCGCUCGGUGACAGUCAUGGCCAUCACCACCGCAACCACACUGUUCAAGGGGACGAUGACGACGAUGAUAACCCCUAUCGGCGUGACCCAAGUGUGACCACCGCAACAUCGUCCUCGAACGCUGCAGGCGCAGCACCGUCGAGCAUGCUCGGGCUCGACCUCCCCGCGUUCGUCUCGAGGAUCAACCCGGCCAACGCCGCUCGGGGAUGGCGAGCACACGAAUCGGUGCAGCACCCUCCACCGCAUCGCUACUACCCCGAGCAGGACGAUCUCUCGGAGGAGGACGAAGGCCCACUCGACUACAUCGAGGAUGCCGACGAGGAGGACGAGGACGCCAGCCCACCAGGCGCAUUCCUAUCGACACCCUCUCCGCCUUUUUCGAGCGGAGGAGCAGAGCCUUUGCUGGCGCAGAGAACGCUGUUCCUUUACCCGGUCCGGGGGAGAACAGAAGGCGUGAGAGCGAACGGGGAAUACAGAGACUCGCAGUGGAUCGUCGCUUACGGUGUGUGUGUGCUGGCCGUGUUUGUGCUCGGGCUGCUGGGAUGGUGGGAGACACCGAUAAAGGUUGGUCUUUGGUUCUGUUCCAUGCAGAGAUUGUUUUGCUGAGUAUCAGAGCUUAUUCUUUGCGGUAUACUAUCGAACCUCAGGACACACCCUCGUACCCCGCGUACUCGAUCUUCAACACGAUCCCCGUGCUGCUCACGCUUUCGUUCGUCUCGCUUCUCGCGGGUGUCUCGUCGGCAACAUAUAUCCUCGCCGUACGACACGGGAUGCGACACUUCAUCAACGCAGCUCUUAUCGCUGGCCCGCUUCUGUUCAUCGGUGCGGGUGUGCUCUCGUUCGGAGGCUCGUUCGGCGGUAUCGGCGCCGCAGGCGACAAGGGAUGGAAGACCGGGAUGAGAUGGUUCGCUGUGGCAUGCUUCGUGUGGGCGUAUGUGUUGGGCAGGGCGGCGGUCUCGAGGAGGAAACAGGUUGCACGAGCCAUUGCUCUAGGCGAGGUACGUCUGCUCGCAUUCUCACUGCACAUGCCUAGCCUUGGGAUACUUACUCCCUUGAGCGCUUCUUCAAAUCCUCGCACAGCUGGCGACCCAAAUCAUUCUCGAGCACCCGCCCCUCAUCUUGCUUUGCUUCGGCCUCUCGGUUCUAUCGGCGGUUGUUGCCCUCCCAUGUUUUGUCCUCGUCGCCAACCAGCUGUUCGACUCGUCGGUCUCUUCGUCGUGGCUCCCCGGGUGGGGCUCCAUCGUGACGUUGCUCGUUUUCGCGUGGUCGCUGGCCAUCCUGCGUGGCGUGCAGCAUGCCAUCGUCGGCGGUGUCGUCGGUGCCUAUUACUUCGAACGCCAGCAGGCCGAAUACCCCGGCCCCGUCGUGGUGACAAAAGCGGCGUUGCAGCGUGCGACCCAUGGCUCGCUCGGGACCAUCAUCUUUGCUUCGGCCAUCACUUCGCUCGCCACAUCGACGACGAGCCUUCUCAAGCGCGCGCAGACUGUGCUCCGGUCCAAGCAUCUUCACCCCAUUUUCCAGCCGUUAACAUACCUCGUGCCGCUGAUGGGCAUCGUCACGAGCUUCAUUUCCAGCUUCAAUGGCUAUGCGCUGAGCUACGCCGGGAUGACGGGCGAGCCGUACCUGCAGAGCGCUCGCGAGGUCGCCAAGAUGGUACGACAGAACAAGACGAGUGCGCUCGGUGACAGCCUCCUCGUACGCCUCGUCCUCUUUGUCGUCUCGUUCGGUUUCGGCCUCCUCGCGGGUCUGGUCGCGUUCCUGGUCGCGUCGUCGAGGUUGGCGUCAGGGGUGCACAUGACCCCGUUCGUCGCUGCGUUGUGCUACUUUGUGCCCGUGUGGACGCUUAAGUUGUGCCACGAUGUCUGUGGAGAUACGGUCGAUGCCCUGUUCCUGUGCCUCAACAUCGAUCUCGUCAAGGGGGAGAACCACUCGGAGGAGACGAGGACCGCGUUCAAGACCGAGGCGAGUGAGCCGAGUUUCGUUUGA